AUUUAAUACGUGAAACGCACCGUUAUAAAGCAGAAAGAAAAGGUUUUGGUUCCACUAAAUACAGACACAAACACUCUUCGUUUCAAACGAUUCGAUUUUCUUCGCUCUCUUUUCUCAGUUUUUCUCUGCGUUUUCUCAGCUUCUGCUUUCAAAGCAAACAUGGCAGAUGAAACACCAAGUGGUUUGAAGGAGGAGGUUCCAGACAUUGCACCAUUUGAUCCUACUAAGAAAAAGAAGAAGAAGAAAGUUACAGUUAUAGAUCCUGCAGAUGAUGAAUCAGCGGAUAAAUUGGCCGAGAAGAUAGAAAAUCUGUCAGUUUCUGAUGGGACUGACAGUGCAUUUUCUGGUUUGAAAAAGAAGAAGAAGAAGCCUGUUGAAAUUAGUAACUUAAAUGAUAUUGAUGAGAGUGGCCCUAGUGCAGAGGCAGUUGAAGAUUUAGAUGAUCAUGCUGAAGAUGAUGAAGAAGAAGCAGUUGCUUUGCAGCCUCGUUAUCCUUGGGAAGGGAGUGAUCGUGAUUAUACAUAUGAGGAGCUUCUUGGCAGGGUGUUCAACAUUCUUCGUGAACAUAAUCCAGAUCUCGCUGGAGAUCGGCGAAGGACAGUUAUGAGGCCUCCUCAAGUUCUCCGUGAAGGCACAAAGAAAACUGUGUUUGUGAAUUUUAUGGACCUGUGCAAAUCGAUGCAUCGACCGCCAGACCAUGUUAUGGCUUUCUUGCUUGCUGAACUGGGUACUAGUGGUUCUCUAGAUGGACAGCAAAGAUUGGUUGUGAAGGGAAGAUUUGCACCAAAGAAUUUUGAAGGAAUUCUCCGACGAUAUAUCAAUGAAUAUGUCAUUUGUAUUGGAUGCAAGAGUCCAGACACAUUACUUUCAAAGGAGAACCGUCUCUUCUUUCUCCGGUGUGAGAAGUGUGGAUCAGGAAGAUCGGUUGCUCCAAUCAAAGCUGGUUUUGUUGCUCGUGUUGGCAGAAGGAAUGCUGGGGCAUGAUUUGGCCUUACUUUUUAUUUGUGUUGAAACUGAUUAGGAAAACAAACCUUUUUCACAAAUUGUAGUCCAUAUUUAUGCAACCCUCACUUCUAAGAGUUCGUUAUGAGAAUGCCUCUAAAUGGGUGAGCAUUGUUAUUCUUUUUUUGGGGGCAGAUAUUUUAACAAUGUGGUCUUUUGACGUUAGUAAUUUGCAGGCAUGCAUUGCAGAUAUUUUAUACGCAUGAUAAUAUAGUACAAUACAUAAUGCAUGAAUGCUAGUUAUGUUCA